AUGUCCCCUCGAACAAGCGGUCUUCUUGACAGCGAUGACUGGGACGAGGUCAAGUCUGACCCAAGCUCAGAAUGGUCCUUUACCAAAUCAUACUGGAAGCCAGCUGCUGCGGGCGGCAAAGUGAAAAACAUCGUCAACACCAUAAAAGCCGGCAUCCGCUCUAGAACAAGGCCCGUUGAAAAUCUCCGUCCAACAGCCUAUUUAGAUGGCCUGCGAGGUUUUGCAGCUCUCCUGGUGUAUUGUCACCACCAUCAGUUGUGGGCGCACGGCAUCGUCGAGCAGGAUCACGUCUUUGAGAACUCGUUUGGCUAUCAAGGCAAAUAUCACUUCGCAACGUUUCCCUUUGUGCGUCACUUCUUCACCGGUGGUCACUACGCAGUGUCGACAUUCUUCAUCCUUUCGGGCUACGUUUUAUCCCUGAAGCCCUUGACUCUCAUCCAAGCGGGAGAACACAAUCAACUAGGCGAUGUCCUCGCAUCGUCCCUCUUCCGGCGCUGGAUCCGCCUCUAUCUCCCUCUCAUCUUCGCCAUGAUAUUCUACGUCACUUUUCUGCACACAUUUGGACUCUGGACGCGGGUAAUGACCAGACAAGGAAGUUGGUAUGAUGAGAUGUGGUCGUUGUACUACGAGUUCAAGAACUUCAGCUUUGUUUACAAAGUUGGCGGCGAGCCAUGGCUGUCGUACAAUCGUCACCUGUGGUCAAUCCCCGUUGAAUUCAGAGGGUCCAUCGUUGUCUUCACUGCUCAGAUGGCGUUUUCGCGGUGUUCGAAAAAUGCUCGUCUGUGGUGCGAGACUGGUCUGAUUUUCUACUUCAUGUAUAUCGCAGACGGCUCGUUCUACGCCAUGUUUGUCGCGGGCAUGCUCCUCUGCGACCUAGAUCUGCUUGCCAGCAAAGGAGAUCUUCCACGUUUCUUGGCACGUCUUGAGCCAGCAAAAGAGUUCAUUUUCUACCACCUCCUGGUCUUCAGCUUAUUCCUGGGCGGAGUGCCUUCUGAGAACGACAAAGUCGAGCAACUUGCCAAAAACAGGGGCUUCUACUACCUCUCGUGGUUCAAGCCGCAAGCUGUGUAUGAUUACAAGUGGUUCUACCUAUUCUAUGCAGCUGUUUUCCUGGUUGCCUCCAUCCCUCGCAUCUUCUGGUUGAAGUCCUUCUUCGAGACGAGGUUCUGUCAGUAUUUGGGCCAUAUCUCCUUCUCACUAUAUCUGGUCCACGGCCCAGUGAUAUGGACUAUUGGUGAAAGGCUCUACAUGGCAGUGGGGUGGCAGAACGAAGAGAUGAUGAAGAAUAUCCCCCAUUGGGCGAACAAACUGCCGCUGUCAAUGUCUGGACCCCUAGGCUUGGAGCCGUCAGUCCUUUUACCGCAGCUGAUUCUUGUGCCUUUGACGUUUGGGCUGGCUCACCUUGCGACUCGAUUUAUCGACACACCCUGCGUCAAAUUCGCAGCUUGGUUCUACAAGAAGGCCUUGGGGGACCCAACGAGCAAGCAAGCUAGAGCGUAG